AUGUCAGGUCAUAAAUAUAUAAGCAACACCAACAAUCUCUUCGAAGAUGAAGACGUGGACGACGACACCUUUGUUAACAGCUAUGCUGCGAGAAGGCCGCCCCCUAAACCUCAAACGCAGACGUCAUCAUACAUGGCUGAUUUAGAAAGACAACGACAAACAAUGUUACAGAAGCAAAAAGAAAUUGAGCAGCGCACUCUUGACUCGUCGUCCAGAAGCAUAGGUCUCCUUCGCGAAUCAGAGCAAAUUGGAAUCGCCACGGCUGAAGAGCUGGCUCGACAACGAGAACAACUACAAAACACUAGCAGAAGAUUAGAUGAUAUUAAUACAAACCUAACAUACAGUCAAAAACAUCUGAACGGUAUUAAAUCUGUGUUUUAUGGCUUCAAGAAUUACUUAUCAGGUAAAUCUGAUCAGACACCACCAAAGAGCCAAGCAUCACCCAGUUCUAUUAGUAGUAAACCAGGUCCAAGCAAUAAAUUAGAUGAAACACUUGAUGGUUUUGGAGGAAGUACACCAAUUGAUCGCUUCAGCAGCCAUCCUACAACUAGACUAAGAGGGCUAGACCAAGAAGAAUCUACAGUGGCCCCUAUGUCUGACACUCAGCGUAUUAAUAAAAUGUUGGAUGCUAAUUUAGAUGAAAUGGUUCAUCACAUCUCCAGAUUAAAAGGCUUGGGCAUGGCAUUAGGUGAAGAGAUUGAAACUCAGAAUCAUUUGAUAGAUGAGAUUUCAGAUAAGGCUGAUACUGCUGAUAUUAAAAUUGGUCAUCAAAACAAACAGAUGAACAAACUACUUGGAAAGUAA